CUGUUGCAUGCGAGGUGCAACGUUGGGGUCACGGGGAAGCUCCGGCAGUACUGGAGGACCAAGCAUCCAGUGGUUUGCACAUGGCCAGGCCCCAGAAGACCCGGCUAGCCCUUCCUCACAGAGAAGGACACCCCAUGCCGGCAGCGGGGCCCUAGCCCAGACGCAGAUUGGCGCAGCGGGACCCCAGGGCCUGAGAAGACAAGCCUCCCAGCUACCAGAGGAGUUAGAGCAGGAACCCCAAGACAUGGACCCCAAGGGGGAGCUGGCCUCACUGGAGGAACUCUUCUUGAACCUGGCAGGCCCGAGCCAGAAGGCUGCAGACCCGGUGGUGGACACCCACACCUCGCUCACCUGUGAGGGCUCAGGAAGCUACAUCAAUAGCUUGGAUUACUUACUGCAGGAGAAGAGGGAGCAGACCCUGGAGCUGGAGAGAGAGAAGCAGCUUCUACAGAACUGUGCUGACCUCAACUCCCUAGAUCUCGAUGAAGAUGAAGUACCUUUCACACCUGAACACAGGAUGCUGGUGCAGCGGUUCUCCAUGUCAAUGCAGGUCAUCCCACCAGUGCACCCAGGCGAGACUGUGUUUCUACCAAGGCUGCACCCCCUGCCCUGCAUCCUGAACUGUUCACACCUGAAGCCACGCAACCACCUGGAAGGGAUGUUCUUCAGCUCCCCACUGGCCCAGCAGCUCUCCUUCCUCAGAAGAGGCCUCCUGAGUAACCUCUAUCUGCACACACCCAACUGCCCCCUGCCUCUGCUCCGGUGGCUGUUCCAGCUGUUUUCAUGGCCUCCAGAAACUUCUUCAAGAGCCUUUGAUCUCCUGUGGGAUCUCAGCAUGAAUAGUCUCUUCUAUCAGUCCGAUGGUGGCAGGCACUUGUGGUGCCCAUCGCUGCAAGACAUCAUGGACACAUUUCACAGACUGGGUGCCCUCAACCCUGCUGUCUACCCUCUGGGAGCCAUCCAGCAGGAGUGGAGAGUGCUUCAAAGUGAGUCAAGCCUGAGGCAGAGUGAGCAGAACACCCCCCAGGAGGCUGCCUUGGACACCAGUCUGAGUUACAUCUGUAAGUUCCUGACACUGUGUGUCCUCGCCCAGCCUGGGGCCUACACGGAUGGCAACCUCCUGGGCCUGAUUGAGCUGCUGUGCCGAGCAGGCCUGGAUGUGGGGCUCCGCCUGCUGCCCAAAACCGAUCUCCAGCAGCUCCUGGUCUUGCUCCUGGAGAACAUUCAGGAGUGGCCAGAGAAGCUGCAGCAGCUGUGCAGCGCCCUGAGCUGGGUGUCGGAUCACCACCACAACCUGCUGGCUCUCGUGCACCUCUUCCUGGACGUCACCUCCCGGAGCAGGCAGCUUCGAGGUCAGCUCAGCCUGGUGAUCAUCGCCCGGAUGCUGAACCAGCAAGAGAUGCUCUCUCUGUGGGAAGGCAAGGCCCAGCUGUUCUCACUCAGCCAGCUCCUCAGCCUCAUGAGGCCAUCCUCCCUCAGGCAGUGCCUGGGCUUUGAGACCUGGCCAUCCUGCCAAGAGCAACAGCCAAAGGCCAGCGCUGAGCUAGACCACAAGGUCUGCUACCUAUGCCACAGCCUCCUGACACUGGCCGGGGUGGUAGUCAGCAGCCAGGACAUCACUCCAAAUCAGUGGGGGGAGCUGCAGCUGCUGUGCAUGCAGUUGGACCGCCACAUCAGCACCCAUAUCCGGGAGAGCCCCCAGGCCAUGCACCGGACCAAACUCAAGGACCUGGCCGCCCAGACCUACAUCCGCUGGCAGGAGCUGCUGGCCCACUGCCAGCCCCAGGCCCAGUAUUUCAGCCCCUGGAAGGACAUGUAAUGGAGCAGGCAGGGUGGCCCAGAGCUCUGGACUCUGGCAGGAAAUGAACAGGGCUCAGAGAACAAGAGAAGGUGACGAAUGGAGACCAGAGGAAGACCGGUAUGAAGAAGCAAGGGUCUCCCUUCACCACUACCCCAGGCCCCACCAGGCCCAGGAUCCUUCCUGUCCUUCCGUGCUUAGUCCACCUCUCAGCUCUCCUUUCCCUCCCAGCCAUCUCCUCUUCCCCCAUCGCCUUUGUCUCUACAGCUCCGGUUUCCCGGGGCCUCCUACUCCUCCCCCACCCCCCUUCUCUCUCUGUCACUAAUGUGAGGCUUCUUUGUGCACACUAAAGUCUUAUUUCAGCAUCAGUGGUUUAGAAGAUUUCCUUCAAUCCCUAUCCUGAGGGCUCAUGACAUCUCUGCUCCAGCACUUUGCCGAGGAGUCUCACCUCUGACAGUCACGUGACUGGGUCUUGGGCCUCACCCCCCUGCAGCUGAGGGCUGUUUGUAAAUCUGGAGGGUGGAGCACUUAUUCCUG